CCAACUAUUGGUGAAGGUUUACGCAGAACUGUGGUUUAGGAAGUUACAGCGUUCGAUUGGCAUACACUUUCCACGUGCUCCCACGUGCCUUCUCGUGUCAACGAAAACCAGCCAAUCAAAGCCUUCGUCAACCAUAAAUUAUCAAAACAUUUAUAUAAACCAAACUUCUAAGUUAUAUAUUGCUUUGAAGUAGAAUUCUGAAAUCAACACGAAAACGUUCAAUUACGACGUCGUUUUGACCUGACCCAUUCCAAUUUCUUGCUCCGCCAUCUCACCAUCGGCACACAUGGCGUUGGCGGCAACUCGUUGCGGAGGCAAUCGCAAUCUUCUACACCGAAACUUCGGUUUGUUUAAGUUUGAUUCGAAUGGCAACGAUCGACCAGUUUCUUUGACGAUUCGGAACGACGCCAAGAGAAAAUCCGGGAAGAAAUCGACGAUGACAAUCGAGAAAAGCCGUUCGAUUCAUCCACUGGAUUUAGAGAACGGGUGGAAUCGUUCCGGUUCGGAUAUGGGAUCAGUGGCUUGCGAGAAAUUAGACGAGUGGAUGAGAGAUUCGGUGGUUGAGAUAGUUAAGUAUCUUCGAGAAGCGCCGUUGAUAGUCCACGUGUAUAAUAAGGGUCGAAACGACGGCGUUGAGACGGAGAUGGUGAUGGAGAAGACGGCGUCGGCUGGGGAUUGGGCGGUGGCGAAGGGUAAAUGGGAGACUGGAGAUGCGCCAUCGCCGGAAGGGUUGAUAUUCGUGGAGGAGCUUGGGCAUGGGAGUAACGAGUCGGAAAAGGAGGUGACGAGGGAAUGGGGGGUUGUGUUACAAGGGAAAGGACCAAAGUGUCCUCCCGCGUGUUAUUUGCUCAAAACCAGUAGUGUUGGAUCCGGGUCGGGUUGCGGACUUGGGUUGGGUUGCACCCAUUUUUGCUUGGUUCGGGUGAAUAGCUUCAGGGAAACGGCGGAGACUCAGCUUAGAAAUUGUUGGUUGUGAGUGAAUUAUUUGGUUUGGUCGUUAACUUUAGACUCAACAACUGUAUAUAUCAGUUUCAAUUUGAUGAUUUUUAAAGUCAAAUAUAAUACACGAUUUUUCUUUUU